GUUGUGAACCGAUCUGAAGCUACAGAAUCUUUUUAUCUCGUAAAGGCUUCGUUUAUAAUCAGAAUUAGUUCAUUUUUACACACUUUAUAGAUUUAUCGAGCUUGUGCUGUUGGGAUUCCUGAAGUGGAAGCGUGAGAGGGUUGAGUGAGGUGUAAUUUGUGACUCGGUUCGUCUCCACGUGGAUCAACAUGGUGAAAUCAGGCAGCACCAAGAGGAACCAAAAGUCCAGAAAGAGCAAAAAUGUCAAAAUGCCUCUGCCGGUGAUGGAUGAGGAUGAAAAUGAUGAAGAGCUUCACACAGACGAGGAAAACAUCAUCAGCGCCAGCGAGGACGAGGAGGAGGAUGAAGAUGAGAGAAAACACAUCAAACUUCUGGAGGCCAUCAGCUCACUGGGAGCAAAGAGAAGGAAGAAACACGCCGAGCGAUCUGAAGCCAGCGUGCAGGUCUCGGAGUUUUCGGUGAACGCAGAAGGAGCAGGAGACAAAGUUCAGCUCUCUGAUCUGCUGGGUUCUAUGGAACAAACUCCCGGAGCUCCGAAGAAGACCAAGAAACAGCUGAAGAACCUGCAAAACUCAAAGGAGACGCUGGAGCUCCCGCUCAGCCGCCAGCAGACUGAGAAGAUCCAGAGGGGCGUGGCGUACGAGCGCAGCAGUAAGGAGGUGUCCCGGUGGGAGAGCGUUGUUAUUCAGAACCAGAAGGCCGAGCAGCUGUUCUUCCCCCUCAAACAGGAACCAGCGGGACCUAAACGCGUGGAGCAGGUGGUGGCUGGCUGGAAGGCUCAGACUCCUCUGGAGCAGCAGAUCUUCAGUCUCCUGCAGAGUAACAAACAGCCUAUUAAUGACCCCGUCCUGACCCCCGCCGAGGAGGCGUCUAUCCAAGCCAUGAGUCUGGAGGAGGCGAAGAUUCGGCGUGCUGAGCUCCAGAAGGCUCGAGCGCUUCAGUCGUACUACGAGGCCAAAGCUCGACGAGAGCGAAAAAUCAAGAGCAAGAAGUACCAUAAGGUGCAGAAGAAGGCCAAGCGGAAGGAGUUCCUCAAACAGUUCGAUGAGAUGAUGAAGACCGAUCCUGACGCUGCUCUGGAGGAACUGAAGAAGAUGGAACUGUCCAGGAUGGAGGAGAGGAUGUCGCUGAAGCACCAGAACAGCGGCAAGUGGGCCAAGACCAAAGCCAUCAUGGCAAAAUAUGACGAUUCGGCUCGUAAGGCGAUGCAGGAGCAGCUGGAGGUGAACAAACAGCUCACGCAGAAAGUCACGCUCCCGUCAGACGAUGAAGAGGAGGAGGACGAGGAGGACGAGGGCGCUCUUCCCGAUUUCGUGAACGAUGCCGAGCUGGGCGGGGAUUCGGUGAACCCCUGGAUGAGAGGCAAGCUGAGCAGCGAGGUCAAACGAACGGCGGGUCAGGAGGUCACGCCGGAGCCUCCUACUGCUGAAGAGGAAGCACGGGUCAGCCAGCAGGAUGAAGAGGAGGACGAUGAGGAGGAGGAGGAGAAUGAGGAGGAGCAGCUGUUGAGGCAGUUUGAAAGGAAGCGAGAGCUGAGGGACGACCAGGAUGAGGAUUUGGUCCCGGUCCCACAGCAGGACGAGACAGAAAAGGAAGCGGUCGUGGAGGAGGUGGGAGAAGCUCCUGGUGAUGAGGACGAUGAAGAAGAGGAGAAAGAGGAGGUGGUGUCCGAAUUCAACAGCCUCUUUAACAGACUGAUUAAGGGCAGUAAAGCCCCUGCAGGACCGGUGAAGAGCCGCACCGAGCAGCCGCCGGUUCCGGACCUCGUGGCGGCACCGGCGGAGGAGGAGGAGGAGCUUCUGAGCGAAGGACUGACCCGCGCCCGGACCCUAGAGGACCUGGAGGCCCUGAGCCGUGACGAAGCAUCAGAACCCGACCGUCCCACCCCAGCCUGUACCACACGAGCUCCCGGCGAGGGCGCCACACCCGGACCGCCCGGCAAGAGGAAGAAGAAAGACAUCGACCCGAACGAAGUCCUCACCAAACAGGCCAAAGUGAUCACGGUCCCGCUGGCACCCACGCUGAUGGAGCAGGAGGACGAGGCGGAGACAGAGGAGCAGGGCCGCGCCGAGCAGAUCGCCAUCAUCAAGGAGGCCUUCGCGGGAGAUGAUGUCAUCAGUGACUUCCUGAAGGACAAGAGGAACCAGGAGGAUGCGGGAAAGCCCAAAGAGGUGGACCUGACCCUGCCCGGCUGGGGGGAGUGGGGUGGGCUCGGACUCAAACCCUCCCGAUACAAACGCAGGAAGUUUCGGGUGAAGCCGCCGCUCGCCCCCGUCAGAAAGGACGAGAAACUUCCUGCUGUGAUCAUUUCUGAGAAGAGGAACUCGUCUGUGGUGCAGCAUCAGGUGAACCAGCUACCGUUCCCCUUCCAGAACCGCGCCCAGUUCGAGAGCUGCAUCCGCUCCCCGGUGGGUCAGACCUGGAACACGCAGAACACGGUGAAAAAACUCACGGCGCCCAAAGUGGUGACCAGACUGGGAAACAUCAUCGAGCCCAUGAAGAAGGAGGACUUCCUGUCCCAGCAGAAGAGCGCCCACGCGGCCAGGAAGAGGGGCGACAUCGUUCUGGAGGAGAGCAACCAGAAACGAGGAGCGAGGAGAGCGCAGCGCCGAAAACGGAAACAGAAGGAGAAGAACUAGAGAAAAUACAAACACCAGUGACUGAUUUAAUCCUGAUUCAGAACAAGCGAUGUUUAAAGCUUCACUCACGCUGAACCCACGACAGGAAUAAAGAGACGUGAACCAUGAA